CGCCCGGCGCCGUCCCUGUUCGCCGGCGACGAGCACGACCCCUGCUCAGCCGCGGAGCCGCCUGUGGAGUCUGUGCACCUGCUCUUCCGCGACGGCUGAAGCCGCGAGGCCACGACGCCCGGCCGCCCGCUCGACGCCUGCCCGACGCCCACCGACUGCUGGCGCUGUCCCGGCGACGAGCAGUCGAGCACGGGCCCUGCUCAGCCACGGAGCCGCCCUGCUCAGCUUGCUCCUCUUCUUCAGUUCUUCGCGAUCCAGAUCCCCAAAGAGCCCAUGGAGAGGGUUUCCGGCACAGAGUGCAGAGAGGGCAUGGCUGUUAUGAGCAACAAGGAGGAGAAAGAAUGCCAAAUAACCAAAGUAGAGAAGGGACGGAAGAAUGGGAAGAAACAUAAGGACAAGGGUCAGGGUGGCGAUUGUGAGGGCAAGGCUGUUGUUAUGAGCAACAAGAAGGAAAAAGGCUGCCAAAUAACCAAAGGAGAGAAGGGAUGGAAGAAGGGGAAGAAGCGUAAGGACAAGGGUCGUGGCGGCGAUUGUGAUAGCUCAAUUCAUUCUGGUGACAGGAACCAUAGCAUUGAGAUGGAGCAAGCUGAUGUGUCAGCCACGAUGGCUGAAAACCCCUGCUUGGAGCAUGCAGAGGGUGCUAUGAGCAAAAGCUCUGUGAAGAAACAUAGGAAGAAAAAGAAGAAAGAUAAAGAGGUUGAAACUAAUGGCCAGAAUCAGGUACUUGACCCUGAUGAAAAUGUUGGGUCAGAAGAUGCGGAGAGGAACAACAGAGAAAGAGAACAUGAUAGGAAGUCAAAGAAGUGCAAACGAAAGCAUCAGGAUGAUGAGACUGCCUCGAGUGGUUCUUCUGCUAAAAUUGUUUUAGGGAAAGAUAAGAGGAGGAAAAAGGAGUGUUUAGUUACCUGGGACAUGGAAGAGGGCAAUAAAUCUGUCAUGUCAAAGAUUGGGAAGAAGACAGAGAGCAAUAAAAAGAGGAGAAAGGAGAGAAAUAAUGUUGGUGUUGACCUAAGACGAAAUGCACCAGCUGGAGAGGGCAAGAAUGGUAAGGGUAUCAAAGAGAGAAAAAUGUGUGAGGAUGAGAAUGAUGACGGUGAAAGAGAAAAAGAAAACAUGGCAAAGCGAAAGGACAAGGGUAGACGAGUGAGCUUCACUGAUGAUGUGGAGGUGUUUAAUAUAGGUGGCAGUGAUGAUGUAGAGGGUGAUGGGAGUGGUGAAAUUGAACUUGUGCAUGGACGACGGUUUACCUCUGAGGAAGAUGCGAAGCUAAUGGAAGCCAUGGUGAAAUAUGCAGAGAUGAGGCAAUUAGGAGAGAAAGGGUUAGAGAUGAUUGGGGAUUGUAAAAAAUAUCCAGAGCUCAAGGGUUGUUGGCCUGAAAUAGCAAAAUCAUUACCUCAUAGACCCACAGAUGCCGUAUACAAACGUGCAAGGAUCUUACUUCAAAGGAGUGCUGAGCGUAAAUGGACUGAAGAGGAGCGUGAGAUAGUUCGACGGUUUGUUGAAAAGAAUGGCAGAAAUUGGAGGGUAUUAGCAAAAGAACUUGGAAAGAAUGAAAUCCAUGUAAAAGAUCUUUGGAGACGAAUGAAGCCCAAAAAUUUGAGAAGAGGGCAUUGGACUCAGGAUGAGUACCAAAACUUAUUUGACUUGGUAAAUUUGGACUUGCGUAUGAAAGCCCACCAAUACUUCGACCCUGGUCACCGUCAGAUAAGAGAUAACAUUUCUUGGGAGGCUAUCAGUGAUAAAUUAACCACUCGUAAUAACCAUGAGUGCUGCCAGAAGUGGUACCUGCAAUUGGCAUCACCACUGGUUAAAGAAGGAAUCUGGGCAGAUAAAGAUGAUUAUCUGCUAGUGGAAGCGCUUCAAAAUGUUGAUGCUGUUUGUGUUGAAGAAGUUGACUGGGAGAACCUUGUUGAGCAUAGGUCUGGGGAGCUUUGCCGUCAAAGAUGGAACCAGAUGGUCCGCCUGCUCGGUGGCCACAGAGAUAAGCCUUUCAUUGAGCAAGUGGAAGUGCUUGCAAGGCGGUACUGCCCAGAAAUGCUUCCGUACAGGGAAUCAAAAGCAGGUGACUUAUCGGCCGGCGAACUUGCUGGAGGCUCUGACCUGUAAUGGCUAGCAUAACCCCUCAGCGUGUGUGCUGUUGUAAAAUUGUUUAGCUUUUGUAAUACGUAUGCUAUAAUAUGGGAUCUGUAGAAAUGUUAGCAUCAUAUGGUUCUAAAGCUUCAGACCUUCAGUGCACACUACAGUGUGACUUCAACAAACUCUGUUAUUAAUUGUUGAGGGCUUAUGUA